GACUGAACCCCAGACGACGGUGACUGAAGACACUGUUUCACUAAAACGGUCUCAUGUAGAGGAUGCUCAGGGUUGCCCAUAAUUUUCUUGAUUUUAAGUAAAAUCUUUCUUUGCAUCAUCUCCAGAGGUUCCUGAGUCAUCCCCAGAACCAGAUCAGAAACAGAACAGAACCAGCCUUUCCUAUCAGGUUGUUGAGCUGUUUUAAAUCUCCGGUCCUGAUGCUACUGCUCAGCAGAAGAAACAAAACUCAACAACAGACUCACCGAAGAUCUGCAGCAUCUUGUUGAAAACCUCGAAGGAUCUAAGUUUCCUCAAAAACUACGUUCUUUCAUGGUUCACACCAUGACCUUUUUAUGUCUGCCGUGAAAGUGCCAGCUUCCCUAUGACAUGGAAAAGUCCAGACUCUACAAACUCUUCUGUUACUUCGUUCUCAAUUCCCAGUUGGUGAUAUAUGCAGAUGCCGCGUUCACUGAAAUCCCCAAGGAUGUGAGCGUUGGGGAGGGAGAAGACGUGGAGAUGCCCUGCGCCUUCAAAGCCCUCAGCUCUGCUCCCAUAUCUUUGGAAAUUCAGUGGUGGUACAUCAAGCUGGACGCCCCCAAAGAAGGACCUAAUGAGCUGCAGAACAGAGCCAAGGGCAGCUUAAGAGAAGCUACAAAAAUAAGUACUGUGCGUGUUCAUGGGAAUGCCAUCUCCCACCGCCUCAGCCUGUCUAAAGUGAAGAAGGAGGACGGGGGGGUGUAUGAGUGCCGUGUGUCUGAUAUGUGGGCUGAAGAGGAUCAGAACUUUACAGUUCAUGCUACGCUGACCAUCACUGCGGGAGGUGGCAUGGUGGCAGAGGAGGCUGUGUCACACAUUCAGAACCGCUGGUCGCUAAGGAAUACCAACGCAGCUCUGGGAGGGAGCCAGGUGGGAGGAGUCACUUCCAAACCCAGCCCGGGAUCCAGGGAAGGGCAGGAGAAGCAACGAGUUCCUCAGCUGGCCCAGCCUGACCUCCUGCCCUCCGUGUCGUCCACCACGACUACCUCAGUGGCCAAGUCUGCCGCCUCCCAGCUGCCGGGGAGCGCAGCAGUCCUCUGGCCCAGAGCUGCCUGCAGCAUGAUGAGCACUAUGGACCCUCUCUGCUUCAUCACUCUUCUUUUCUUGCAUAAACUCAUAUUUAUACUGUUGGCCCAUUGAAGAAACUCUGCAGAAUUGCAGUUGGCCUUGCAGGUGUUCACUUUCAAAACUAAACUGAAACCAAUCAGAGACCAGCAGGAAGAGGCGGGUCCAGCUGUGGGAGACAGAUCUGCCAUGGAUGUGGAGCAGCAGGACCGGUGACUGUUAAGAAUGAGGACAAGAGAAACUGGCUUGGACAAUACAGAGAGCAUCAGUCUAGUUCCCCAAGGAGCCAGAGCAGCAGAGUGGAUGUGUUCUGCUUCACACUUUCUCAUGUUCUUGUCAGCCUCUCCAUUGUGUGACCAUCAGAGGACUGAAAGCCAGCUCUUCAUCUGUAAGCGGACGCUCACAUUCAUUGUUUCAGGGACAAAACACUUCCAACAUUCAUAUUUUCUCUAAAGACUGAAGUUUAAUUAGCAUGGCAUAUUAUUUCUGAUGUCCAUUUCUCCACAGCUUCAUCACAAUGUUUGAGUUUAAUGUCCACCUAUUUCUCCACAAAUACAUUUGAACUAGUCUUCCCAUUACUCUGUUCCAUAAUGAAAACUAAUUUGUGAUAAUAUAUAGUACUUUCAGCAAGAUGCACCUUAGUAUUGUCAUUAUCAAAUACUUCCUACAAUGUCUUUUUUUAUUGAAUUUAUGGUGAUCAGUGACACAGUUCACCUCUUUCACACAUAGAUUUAUUGAUAACUUGCACCAGCUAUUUAGAUGAACAUUAAUGUAAUAAAAGAUUACAAACAUGUUAA